AUGUCAGAGUUACAAGGAGUUACAACGCUGUGCGAAAACCCAAAUGAAGUCUUUUUGGAUGUGUCCAGAUUAUUGCUUACGUACGCAGACAACAUUCUGAGAAAUCCAAAUGAAGAGAAAUACAGAUCAAUACGAAUCGGUAAUCCGACCUUCUCCACGAAACUUCUUCCCAUAAAAGGAGCAGUUGAGUGCCUCUUUGAAAUGGGCUUUGAGGAGGCAGAGACCCAUCUGGUCUUCCCCAGGUCGGCCUCCGUGGACCAGCUGAGGCGCGUGCGGGAGACGUUAGCGGCCGAGAGGGACCAGAGGCUUCGGGCGGGGCAGUCUGCUGCUCCCCCUCAGGGCAGCGGUUCCGCUGGGGUUCCUGCCCCUCCUGCACCCGCACCCCCACCCCCACCUCCCCUCACCUCCACUUUUACUCGGACGCCCCCGCCAGCCCCAGCCCCUGCGGCGAUGCCCACCCAAAUACCUACGGAACAGCAACACCCCACCAUGUUGAAAAGAGUAAUGUUCCUCCGCACCCUGAUGUCCAACGCUCAGCACGUGAUGUUGUACGAGAGUCCGUCCCUGCAGCAGAAAGCUCGGAGCCUCAUCCCCGACGUUCAGCUCCUCUCGCAGGCUAAAGCCAGGCUCCAGCAGGCCCAGAGAGCUGAUCCCAAGUGUAGCCUGGCAGAAGAGGAUAUGCUGAUCCUGGAACUGUUGGCCUGGUUUAAAGGGCGGUUCUUCUCCUGGGUGGACACCCUGCCGUGCACCCGCUGCGGGGAAAAGACCCAGUCCACAGGGUCUCUGCCCCCCUCUGAGGAAGAUCUGCGCUGGGACGCGGGACGCGUGGAGAACCACUUUUGCAACACCUGCAGUCUCUCCACCAGAUUCCCCAGGUAUAAUAAUCCUGAGAAACUUUUGGAGACCCGCAGGGGGCGCUGUGGCGAGUGGGCCAACUGUUUUACACUGUGCUGCAGGGCUAUGGGGUUAGAUGCCAGAUACAUCUGGGACAGUACAGACCAUGUGUGGACAGAGGUAUACUCUCACUCCCAGCGGCGCUGGCUUCACUGUGACCCGUGUGAGAAUGUCUGUGACAAACCCCUCAUGUACGAGGUCGGCUGGGGGAAGAAGCUCUCCUACAUCCUCGCUUUCUCUAAGGACCAGGUGGUAGAUGUAACAUGGCGUUACUCCUGUAAACACCCAGAGGUCCUCUCCAGACGAACGGAUAUUCCAGAGACGCUGCUGCUGGGAACUCUCAAUGAACUCAGUGCAGUGAAACAGCAGUCUCUCAGCCCAGAGAAAAAGAGAGAGCUACUGGAGAGGUUACUGGUGGAACUGGUCGAGUUCAUCUCUCCAAAGACACCUAAGCCAGGUGAACUGGGCGGGCGUAUCUCAGGGUCCCUGGCCUGGAGAGCCGCUCGUGGAGAGACAGGGGGCGGGGCAGCCAAACAGAAAGCAGAGGAAUUUGUGUUCGUUCCCACGGAUACAGAGAAGCGAGGGAAAGUGUUCCAUCUUCGGUAUAAUGUGACCACAGACUGUUACUGCAGAGUGCACAAUGGCUCGCAGACCAUUUCGGGCUGGAGCAGUGUGGUGUGGAGGAAGGACUCGGUCUUCAGAAAGGAGGAGAAUGAUUGGCACAUGGUCUACCUGGCUCGGACGGAGGGCUCCAGCACAGGCAGAAUCAGCUGGAAGUUUGACUGUGCUCCAGUGGGGAUGAAGAUCAAGACCGCUUCAGUCAGAGCCAACAGCCAGACCUUCCACUCAGGCUCGGUGCGCUGGACCGUCUCCACAGGCCACAACACCACAGAGCUCUCUGGAGAUGGCAAAAAGCACACGGUUCCGAACGUCUCUGGGAGCACAGAACUCGUGGUGGAGGCACAGCUUAGCGGAGGAGAGGGGGAGUCGUCAUGGCAACACGCUCAGCUGUUCAGACAGAGUUUAAAGGAUGUUGAGGAAUCUUCUUUUGAAGUCCUUGUGGAGAUGGAGGAUCUUUGAUGACAUCUGAGUGGGGAUGUUUGAUAGACUUCACAGAUAAGGAAGUUAAAAAAAAAAAAAAAAAAGCGGGAAAGAGAAAAUCUUUUGCUGCUGAUGCAGAAUACUGAUUGGUGAUGGGGAUUUGCAGGUUAUUGUAUGUCAAAUUCUGAAACAAAGCUUGCCACUCCUUUCGUGAUCGCUGUCUUAAUGUGGUUUGUAACUGACCUGGCUAUGUUUAUAUAUUGUCUUAAAGCACAUUUUCCUGGUCAAAACAGAGAUUCUAAAGCUGAGAAUGAUGUGGAAGUACAAAAUCUGGAUUUGUGUUCCGGUGUCACAUUUAUGUGUGUGUGUGUGUGUGUGUGUGUGUGAGAGAGGAUUUGCAAACAUACCCUCAAGUUAUGCAUGUACUUCUCAUUGGUCUGUGAUUCUA